AUGCCGAGAACACUCCCUUGGUUAGUUCAUCACGGCAAUGCAAGGCAGGCGCCACAGGACUCGACGCCUCGGAAAAGGGUCAAGCGAGAGCGUACACCCGAUGACGAUACCACACCAACUCGACCACCCAAGGCGCCGGAGAAGCGCGACUUUUUCAGAUCUUCACAAACUCCGCCCAGCUCUCCUGCGCGACAGUGUCCACCCCAAGUAUUCUUGAUCGAAGGAUUAAACCAUGACGAUGCCUGGGUCAUGGUGGAAGAUGAGUUUUACGCCGUAGCCCAAAGUUACACACAGCAUCUUCAUUAUGCAGAGUACAUUCGGAGAAAGAAAGAGGCCAAAACGCGGAGUAAAGACGCGAUAGAUGGGAUUCAAAGGCCGACAGAUGGCCGCACAGCACUGCCUCAAGAUAUCAAACGGAGGAAAGAAGCGGAAGCUCUUGAUGUCCGCCAGCAAGCUGGGUUGGCGCAAAUCGAGCCAUCCGUACAAGGACGCGAUGACUCUGAUGACGACGAUGACAGGUUCGCUGGGACGCAUUUGCAUAGCCUCAUGACCAGUCCUAGAAAGUCUCGCUCCCUGGUGGACGCCCAGGGAUUGAAGUCUGCGACCAGAGCCGCUGCAGGGUACAGACAGGCUGCUGGUGCUGCUGGAGCUGAGGACCGACCAGUGGAGAAUCAUUCGGUUCGCCGAGCUGCAAUGGACCACGUGGUAGAAAUCGACGAGGAAACGGCAUCUGAAACGGAUGAUCUCAAUGGCGAGACAGCCUCCGAUGAUGAUGAGAAUGAUGACGACCUUGAUGGACUGGUUUCAGCUGCGAAUAUGGCUCCAGUAAGACAUGCACCAUUUUCGACGGCUAAAGCAAGGUCUCAUGCUUGGCGGAAGAGCCAGGAGCCCGGUCAAACUACGAGGGUGCAACAAGCUGCACUGGGUACGCAAGCUGGCAGCAGAUUCAAGUCUCGAAUUCAGAGUUUAUUUGAUGAUCUAGAUGAGCUGCCAGAGCCAUCAGAAUCUCCCUCCUCGUCUGCCUCCCGCGAAACUGCGAACUUGCCCGACAUAAAUCAAGUAAACACGCGCGAACCUGCCAAAGACACCCCCAGAUCCAAAGGUUCCCACUUCCACAAUGUUCCGACCUUUCUCCUUUGA